AUGGCGACACAAACGGCCACCGUCACCAAGACGGCCACCCCGCCCCCAGCUUACCCGGAGCCUGCCAUCACCAGCGACCAAUCAAUAGAGCUCAGCAUCAAGACGCCUGGAAAAUCACUCCGUGAACUAUCCCGCCGUCUCACACAACCACCACGCCGUAUCUCGUCCGAAUCAUCUUCCAGUACCGACGACAACAUCCGCGAUGACGACGUCCCACCACCGACCGCCUCGGCCACCAUCCAGCAUUGGAAUCGCCCUCGCGGCAACGUUCCACGCCUCGGCUUCGCAUUCUUUUCAUUCGUCAUUGCCGGCAUGAACGAUGCUGCGAUCGGCGCUCUCAUCCCUUCACUGGAGGAGUACUACGACCUGGACUACACGACCGUGUCGCUCAUCUUCCUGACGCCCUUUGCCGGCUACGCUCUCGCCGCCUUCCUCAAUGCUUCCAUCCACAGCAAAUUCGGGCAGCGCGGUAUCGGUGUCAUGGCACCGCUGUGCCACAUCAUCACCUACAUCGUCAUCGCGCUGCAUCCACCCUUCCCAGCCAUCGUCGUCAUCAACAUCAUCUCCGGCUUCGGCAACGGCCUCACCGACGCGUGCUACUGUGCCUGGGUCGGCGUGAUGGACAAGGCGAAUGCUGUGCAGGGCAUCAUGCACGCCAUGUACAGCGUGGGUGCGUUGCUCGCGCCUCUGAUCGCGACGAGCAUGGUGGUCUCGGCCGGCUUACCGUGGUGGACCUUCUACUACGUGAUGAUCGGCGCGAGCGUGCUGGAGUGGGUGGGCCUGACCCUGACGUUCUGGAACAUGACGGGUGAGGUCUAUCGACGGGAGCAUCCGAACGAGAGUGCCAGUGGCGAGGAGAAGAAAGGCGGGCGGACUCGCGAGGCGUUGAAGAGCCGCAUCACCUGGACUUGUGCCGCCUUUUUCUUCACGUAUAUGGGCAUCGAGGUCGGCCUCGGAGGCUGGGUCAUCACAUUCAUGCUGCGAGUUCGGAACGCCACUCCCUACAACGCCGGUAUCUCCGGCACGGGCUUCUGGGCUGGCAUGACUGUCGGUCGUGCAGGGUUGGGCUUCAUCACGGAGCGGUACGGCGAGAGGCUCUGCGUCAGCAUCUACCUGGCGUUUGCUCUGGCGCUGCAGCUGAUUUUCUGGCUUGUCCCCCAGUUUGUCGUCAGCGCUAUCGCCGUGGCGUUCUUGGGCGUCUUCUUGGGCCCGAUGUUCCCUGGAUGUGUGAUGAUGGCCACCAAGCUCCUUCCGAAGCAUAUACAUGUGAGUGCCAUCGGAUUUGCAAUGGCCCUUGGUGGUACCGGCGGCACGGUCUUUCCCUUCGCCAUCGGUGCGAUUGCGGCCAGUCGGGGUGUAAGGGUGUUGCAACCUAUCAUCCUGGCGCUCAUCGCCUGUGUAGGAGUUCUGUGGCUGAGCUUUCCACGAAUAAAGAAGCGGGAAUGA